AUGUCGAGGGAAGGUGUCGCGAAUUUUGCGUCCACGUCUGCCGAAAAAAUCACGGUUGGAUCGAAGGUGACCAUCGCACAGGAUACAGAUAUUCGAGGCAAUGUCACAUUCGGAACGGAGACGGUCGUCCACCCGAAAGCAGCGAUCUUGGCGCUACGAGGCCCCAUCGUGAUUGGAUCUGGAUGCAUCAUCGAAGAAGGCGCAGUGAUCGUCAAUCGACGAGAAAAUGUGAUGCGAAUAGGCGACUACAAUUAUUUCGAGAUCGGGUCCCGCGUGGAAGCCGCUUCAGUCGGGUCUCACAAUGUCUUUGAAGUGCGCAGCUUUGUCUCUUCAGACGUGAUGGUCGAGUCAUUUUGCACCGUAGGCGCAGGCUGUGUCCUCGCAGGCAACCCAGUUUGGCCAUUGGAUGCCGAAGGGCUUCUCAAAGAAGAGCACAAGCCAAUUUUCCAGGAGGAGGAAAGCAUAUGCGAAGGGGCAGGCGAUGGAAGGGACAAGACUGAAAAGCCAGAGGCAGAAGAAGGAGAGCAACAGGAAAGAAACAAGGAGAACGACGAGGUUGAGGCCAUUCCGGAUCGCACCGUAAUUUACGGUCACGACUCAAGACGGCGGCUAUGGAGUGGUGAAGGUGUGCAACAAGCUGCUGCAGUGCACGUGAAGCAUUUAGAUUACUUGCGCGAAGCGCUACCUAAGAGCGUACGACUAAAGCUCAUCUCAUGA